AUGCUCUUCAUUGUCAUAGCAAUAGCUGCUGUGAACAGUUGGGGAAUCACAUUAACUUACAACUGUCCUAACAAUAGUACUCACAAAGCUGAAGUAUCAACAUUCAGAAGUGCUGGAUUUUUCUAUUUUGUCAACGUUACGGCAUUGAUCUAUGUUCUUGUUAUUAUGUUUGUCUACGUUGUAUUUUGGCCAUUGUAUCAAUCAGAAAAACGAGUAGCACUUGCGGACCUUUCCUUCACAGCAUUAUUCUUUAUUUUAUUCUUUUUCUGCUCAGCCUCAUGGUGGGCCGGCUCGAACAACUUGGGCCAUGCUACCAGUGAGGAACGUAUUACCGAACUGAUGAAUUCAAGUGAUGCAUUUUGGAAGGUCAAUACAGAAAACACAGAUUUGUCCUUGGCAAGGGACACCAGUAAUGGAAAACUUGUAAUUUCUGUGCUGAGUGAUUGGGUAUGCGUAUUCACAUUUGCAAUGAAUUGCUGGUUUGUUUGGAAGGAAGUGGUACCGAAAUCAAAUCAAAAUCCUUCACAAAUUGCCUAA